UGUCGCUGUUGGUGUAUAUUUAUGGCUGAACUCUCUUAACUUCUUAAUCAUAUUCCCAACAUGAUAAUGAUGAUAAUGUUAUUGCAGUUUACAUUUAUGGUUACUUGAUACUCCUAUCAUCAAACUCCUAAUGCUUUGUUUUUGCAGGCAGUGGAAUGUAAAAAGACAGUAAUGGGUUUUUCAAAAAGAUCUUCCAUCAAUUUAUUCACAUGUAAGUACAAAGUUUUAAUUAUUUUAUGAUGUUAAUGUUAACUACUAAUACUAAUACUAAUGACUAAUACUACUACUAACUAACCUUUUUAAAGUUUAAAAUUAAGUUAAAGCUACUCCUCCUCUCCAAAGCCUGAGGUAUAGUAUACUAACUAAGGCCUUAUAGCCUUACAACUUCAUCCUGGAGAUUAAGUCUGUUUUAGUUUUAUUUAUUUUAUUCACCAUACACUGGCUACAGCUACAGUGCUACAGUUACUAACUCUUACCAGGACCACAGUAUACUUAUACUACAUACAAUACAGUAUAGGCUAUUUAUAAGUUUAUAAGCCAAUAAAUAAAAAAAGUAUUUAUUAUAAAGUAAGAACAUUUUUACUGAAGACUGAGGUUUUAACUCUAUCUUCUACCUUGUCGCGGGUGAGUUUAGUCUAACAAUUAUUGAAAUAUUUAAUGGGAAGCGUUAUAGUUAUACGCAGUCCGUUGCGCAUAACCCUGAGAGUUAUACGCAGUCGACUGCCCAUAACCCUGAGGGUUAUUCACAGCCGACUGCGUAUAACUCUCAGGGUUAUACGCAGUCGGCUAGGAAUUUAGCCAAAUAAGGUUUAUCAAUCGAAGUGGUUAUGCGCAGCCGACUGCGUAUAACCCUGAGAGUUAUACGCAGUCGGCAAGUCACGUGACGUCUAUAUUCUUCCUGUGUUACAGUAUCAAUCAAUAAGGGUGCAUUGAUAUCGGGUGACUGUGUGGUCGAAUGGUCUAAACUGACCAAUCCUCAAGUUGGUGGCUUUGAGUUCAAUUCCAGCCAACGGCAAGCCAUGUAUACACGGUAGUUGCUAUGCUUUUUCUCGAGAAUGAAGCAACAACUAGGCUUAUUGUUUUACUUUUUUUUUUGGCUAAAAAAUGUAAAAACAUGGGAAGAAUUAUUAACUUGACCAAUGUAAUGUUAAUAAUGUUAUACUUAUAAUUAUCAAAUAUAUAUUUGUGUUGUUAACUAAUUUUGUGGCAGAUAAAAUCAUGUUUCACUGGCACAGUAAUAAAAAUAAUCAUGGGUUGAGAGUAGCAGGAAAAAAAUCGCCCGAUAGGGGCAGGGGUUCUGUAGAGGGGUCAGUGUAAGUAGGGCAGGGGGUUCUGUAGAGGGGGCACUGUAAGUAAUACUUUCACACAGUUAUAGUUUUGCAUGGAAGCUGAAAACUGUUACAUUUAGGUCAGCAAAAAAAAAAUCAUAAAUGAUAAAAUUUAAAAAAAGAUAAAUAGAAUGUAUUUCCUGAAUUAGUCAGUAAAACCAAUCACAUAGUCAUAGCAACAUAUAAAAACCUAAUCAAUCAAAAUACAUGACUAGACUAAGACCAUGGAAAUGCCUUUAAAAAAAUCUAAGACUUAGACUCUAAGAAAUGUAGACUUUGACUUAUACUUAUAAUAUAUAAGAUACAAGCAAUAAUACUAAUAAUAGCACUAAUACUAUUGCUAUCAUCAAUUUCAAUAUUAAUUAAAAUUAAUUCAAUUAAAAUUUUUCUUUCAACACAUCCAAAGUUCUAGUUCAAAACAACCCAAUCAUGCAGCUAAUUACACAUAAUACUUUUUUUUUAAUUGCCAAACAAGCGAUUGAUAAACCUUAUUUGGCUAAAUUCCCAGCCGACUGCGUAUAACCCUGAGAGUUAAACGCAGUCGGCUGUGAAUAACCCUCAGGGUUAUGCGCAGUCAACUGCGUAUAACGCUUCCCUUUAUCAAUCGCUUGUUUGGCAAUUUUAAAAAAAAUUAUUAUGCGUAAUUAGCUGCAUUAUGGGUUGUUUUGAGCUAUAACUAUAACUUUUUAAGUGUUUAAUGUAAAAUUUUAAUUGAAUUAUAAUUAAUUUUAAUUAAUAUUGAAAUUGAUGAUAGAAUUAGUAUUAGUAUUAGUGCUAUUAUUAGUAUUAUUGCUUGUAUCUUAUAUAUUAUAAGUAUAAGUCAAAGUCUACAUUUCUUAGAGUCUAAGCCCCGGUCUAAGUCUAGUUAAGUAUUUUGAUUGAUUAGGUUUUUAUAUGUUGCUAUGACCAUGUGGUUGGUUUUACUGACUAAUUCAGGAAAUACAUUCUAUUUAUUUUUUUUUAAAUUAUAUCAUUUAUAAUUUUUUUUUUUUUGAUGACCAAAAUGUAACAGUUUUCAGCUUCAUGCAAAACUAUAACUGUGUGAAAGUAUUACUUACAGUGCCCCCUCUACAGAACCCCUGCCCCUACAGCCCUACAGCGAUUUUUUUAGUGCUACUCUCAACCCAUGAUUAGUCUAUAUUUAUUACUGUACCAGAGAAACAUGUUUUUAUCUGCCACAAAAUUAGUCAACAACACAAAAUAUAUGUUAACAACACAAACAUAUAUUUGAUAAUUAUAAGUAUAACAUUAUUAACAUUACAUUGGUCAAGUUAAUAAUUCUUCUCAUGUUUUAACAUUUUUUAGCCAAAACAAAAGUAAAACAAUAAGCCUAGUUGAUUUUGCUUCAUUCUCGAGAACAAACAUAGCAACUAACACGUAUUCAUGGCUUGCCGUUGGCUGGAAUUGAACUCAAGACCACCAACUUGAGGUUUGGUUAGGUUGUAGCAUUCGACCACCCAGUCACCCCGAGAACGAGACACCCUUAUUGAUUGAUACUGUAACACAGGAAAAAUAUAGACCUCACGUGACUUGCCAACUGCGUAUAAUUCUCAGGGUUAUACGCAGUCGGCUGCGCAUAACCACUUCGAUAUUUAAUAACUGUAUUAUAUAAUUAAUUUUGGUGCACAGUGUGUAAUCAAACACGCAACUGAGAAAACGCAAAGGAAGUAAGGGGCAGGGUAUCAGGUUGUCAGCCGGUCUCGUCGCAUAUCUGAGAGAGACACUAAGACUAAUGUCAAUGUCAUUGACAAUGUUGCUAUGUUCCUAUGGUCAAUUUUGCAAUCAGCACAUGUUUAGCUUAUGGGAAGUAAAUAAUUUAAAGUAAGGCAAGGGUAUGAAUUAAGUAAAACAAUCAUUUGUAAAUGCGAAGUCAAAGAGAUCUCCAAACAAACCCAUCUGAAACACCUGCCGUUGCACACAAUUUCAUAUCCUUAAGCGCUUAUGACCCAUCCUAUCACACUCCUUUCGCACUGAAAUUUCCAGACGAUUCCAAAAACAGGCGGUAAAUUCAGCUUCCAUCUGCAUAAAUUUAGCCCACAAAAUAACAAAUUUUGAACUUACAGCGGACACUGGAGAAAAAGCAAGAUGAGCAAAUGACGUGACAUUUAAGCACUCCUUUCUAUAUCUGCAUAAUUUUAAAGUACCAGAUCAAAAAAUAAUUUCUCUAUUUUUCAUUAACAUUUUGAACAUUCUAAAAUUUCCACGUGCUCAGACUGACACAAAAAAACCAAAAGGGCAAGUAAUUGUUGACAUAAAAUUUAACUUUAAAUUUAAAUUUUAAUAUAAGUUAAUUAUUAUCAUGAAAUGUUCUAGCAGCAGUUAAAUGUUGACCUUUACCACUUCUUCCAAUGAAUUAACAUAAAGUUUUCAAGAAAUAAAUUCAAUAUUUUUAUUUUAAAAAUAAUCAUUUAAUUUUGUCAUUUAUAUGAAAAUUAACUCAGAAAACGGCCAAAAACCAAUAUUUAACUAAACAUUCCUCCGGCGUAGUAAAAUUAAUGCAUAAAAAAAUAAUUCACUAAAAAUAAACAAGGGGGAAUGACUCCUGCAAGAAUCUUAAAUAAACAUGUAAAUGAUGUCAUGCUGCAUUCUCUUUGCAUGGACCCAAUCAUUUUAAUAAAGUCAUUAUUCGUGUAUCUGGUAUCAAUGAAAUUAAGUCUUGGUGAUUAACUAUUAACAAAGGUUCAAUAGUAUAUAUCUUUACCAAAUAUUGAAUUAUUAGUGGGACUAAUCAUUUAAUUCACUCAACACACUAGCAUUUUAGUCUACAUCAAAGUCUUUCACUAAGCUUGCAAAUUGUGGAGAGUUUUCCAAAACCAUGCAGAAAAGCUGUCAUACCAGGAAUCACUAUAUAAACCCAGUCUUUCCUAACCUACUGGAUGCAUGGUCAAGUAAAUAAAAUACAAUGUUCAAAUGGCAGAUACAAUAAUUGUUACUAUUAAUUUGUUCUUUUUACAGUUCUCUUUAUUAAUUUUUUAAAUUUAGGCUGCUGUUUUAUCUUGGUGUCUGCAAACCAGAAGAAUCUCCUAAUACUUUCUGAUAAACAAAUACAAGGUGUCGAAGGCGGUGCUAUUCAGGUACAUUAAUUUCCCUGGUAUUCGUCAUUUAGAAAGCAAUAGUAAUAACUAUUAUUUUAUUUUGAACAAGUUUUUAUACAUUUUCUACAACAUUAAAAGUUCAAAAUUAGUAUAAUUUUUCAUUUAUUUUCAUUCUAUAACUGUGAAUUGAUUGUCAGGUGCACUGUACAGCUCAUGUAACUUCACGUGUUGACUCUUUAAAGUGGAUUGGUCCCAAUUCAGAGAGAGGUGAUUAUGGAAUGCAGCAAUAUCAACCAAACAGUACCACAGUUACCAUGCGAUUUCAGUCUCUGCGACCAUCUGACGCUGGUCAUUACUCGUGUGUUUUGGUCAUGGACAAUGGAGGAGAAGAAACAGCUCAGUUCAACUUACUAGUUGAAAACAAAGGUAAAUCUUUAAACUAUUAUUUAUAAAAAUAAAGGAUAACUUUUCCAUAAAUCUGAAAGGCUCUUAACAUUUAUUAAUGUGUAUUUUAGAGCUCUAUUAUGAAUUUAUUUCACUGAUAAACACAAAAAUAUGCUAAAAGUCAUCACAGUGAGUAAUUAGCAGUUUUUUUAAAUGAAAUCUCCAUGGAAGAAUUUUUCAUUCAUUUUUUUUAUUACACUCUUCUUGUUAAACAUCAACCAAUGGGUAAAGAAUAGUGUAUUUGAUGUGUGUUGCUCAAUAAAUGUCAUGAGCCACAUUUCUUUCAUGCUAUUAGUUAAACUUUUUUUUUUUUUCAAUUUUAUCAAUCUCCCAAUUAUGACAUUUACUUUACAAGCUGUCAAAGGAAUGUUAUUAUUUAUAUGUUAGAAUCUGGAUCUGCUACAUGUAGUGUCACCCAAUUCAAAUGCAAAAAGUCCAAGCACUGUGUUUUUAUUCGAUAUCGAUGUGAUGGUAAAGAUGAUUGCGGUGACGGCUCUGAUGAAGAUUGCGAUAGUAAGUUGGUUACUUUGCCAUUAUUAAUAACAAUGAAAUAAUUUUUCAAAACAAAUUGACCCCAGCUGAUCAAUCAUGUGAUGAAGUUUUUAUUUAAGGUCUGUAAGAAUCAGAGAAAGAGUCUAGAAGAAUUUGUAUUAAUGCUUGUGCUGUAAAGUUAUAUAUGAGAUAAAUUUAAAUUUUCCUCACAGCUGACCCUUGUCUUGGGAAGUUUAGGUGCAACAACACUAGAUGUGUCCCUCAGAAUGAACUCUGUGAUCGUCUUGACAACUGUGGGGACUUUUCUGAUGAAGGUGCUAUUUGCUCAAGUAAGAUUGUCAAUAAUCAUUUAAACGUGUAAACAAUGGAAUGCCUUAGUUUGAACUAAGGAUACGAAUUCUGACAAUCUAUUUUGAAACCAAUAAUUAAAUUAAGAUAAUUUUAUUUGAAGAAAAACAUAUUUUUUGACAUGGUACCUGUUUUAUCAAAAGUUUGAUAUUACUUGUUAUAUGUAAAUGAGUUAAAAGUUUGUUUUUUUUUAUUAAUGUUCUGGCCCUGUCUGUCUGUAGUGAAAACAACAAAAAAUGACAUGUUUUUAUAUUUUAAAUAACACACAUAGUUUUCUUCCAUUAGUUAAAGCAACCUCCACAGUUACUGCUCAACCUGUCACAGAAGACAAUCACUUUGGCUGGCUGAAGAUUACUGCUUCAACUGUUAUUGCCUGCACAGUUGGCCUCGUUAUCCUUAUUGCAUUCAUUGUCAUUUUGGUGUUUCGAAUCAAAAUGAAGCGACUGAGGGAGCUGAGAAUUGCAAGAGGUUUUGAACAGGUUUAUCAGAAUGGUGAGGGAAAGGUUGUUUUACACAUUCCAUCUUUCAUUGAGGUUUUGUAAUUUCUCUGUGUUUUUCCUUGUUCUUAAUAGUCAUAUCAUUUUUGUAAGGGAUUAGUUUUCUAGUGGAAGAAGGCAUUAUUUGUGUGACUGAUUAUAUAAUAAUAAUAAAGUUCAUUUCAAAAACACGCUUUUAAUAUACCUUGAAAAUAGUUUGAGAUUGUAGGCCUUAUAAUUUUAUUAAUAUUAAAAGUUUGCAUAACAAAUCAUUUUCAAAGUUGACCUAAUGAAUGUGGCAGUUAUUUGGUUUUGAUUGUUGUCAAGUCAGUGAAUCUUUUAAUAUGAUGAAAAAUUAUUUAAAGAUCCGAUUGGUGCUGGGGCUGUCUCUGUCUAUGGGUGCGCUGAUCGCUGGGAGGAUUAUGAUACAAAAUGUUCUUGCGCAGGGGAUGGACGAGACAACUCUAGCUACAAAGUUAACUCUGCCUUUUCAUGAGUGCUCUGCAGUAGCUGUACUGUUUGCGUCAUGUUGCAUUGAGCCUUUGUGUAGAGAGGGGCACCAUGAGUCUCGAUUCUGUGGGGACUGUUCCCACAUGUCUGGGUUAAUGUGUAACCCUUUCAAAGAUGCUUUCAUUGCAUUUUUAAAUCUUUUCUUCUGUACCCCAGCAAACCCACUGUCAUGCUUGGGUUCACCAUAAAAUAUUUUCAAACUGUCGUCUGGCAUUCUUCCAACAUGUCCCGUCCAGGGAAGCUGGGACAGCAUUAUAAUUAAUUAAAUGUAUGUGCUGCUUGUGCGACUGCCAUUGGUGUCUAGGACCUUGUCUUGCCAUUUGAUGUUGCGGAUUUUAUAGAGGUUCAUCUUGUGAAAGUGGUUAAGUUUCCUAGCAUAGCGUUGAUAGACCGUCCAUAGAUCCAUGUUUCACGUGCAUAUAGACUUGUAAAAUUUUAUUUUGGUUUGGGUGCUGAUGCUGAGCAAAAAGUUAUUUUAAAAAUUCCAUCUUUCAGCAAACAUAUUUUGUUUACAGAUUUCUCCCAGAAUUUGAAUCUAUCAGUUGUUUUUUUUUCAUAAUUUUUGUCUGGGAUUAAUUUUUAAGUGAAAGCAGCCAGAUACAAUAUUGAUUGGUGAGUCACCCACUGCCUAUGAAAUUAAAUUAUAGAAGUGUGUCACUGAAGUGUUAAGGAAGCAGCAUCAUAUAGGUGCAUGGGGUGAGGGGUAAUCUUGUUAUGCAUUUAGUUAUCAGAUACUUGACAAGAGAGUUAUCAAGAGACAGUGUGGUGAAUGGUUGUUUUGAAUGUCAGUGGGUCUUAUUUUGUGGAAUGGCUAAUGUUUCAUUUCAAUUUAAUUUUAAAGCUAAAUUUAGAUACUAAUGAUUUCUUCCCAAACUGUAGGUGGGUCUGGAGAACCUACAUCCUUGGGACAAGGUGAGGAAGGUCCUACUGAUCAGCAUCCGUUCCUGCCAACUGCCACUCAACCUCAUUAUGGACAUAUCAUUGUCAACGUAAACAAUGGUGUGCAGUACAUGCCUGGCUAUGAUUAUUCUCUGUUUAUAGAUUCUCCACCCCCAUACUCAGAGGCUGGUGGUGGUGCUGGCGAGGGGGGUGAGGCAAAACACCCCCCACCUCCUUACAGCACUAUCGACAGACGCAGAGCAAGGCAGACAGUUGAAGAGAACCCUAUUCGUGCCAACAGUGCCCAUUCCAAUUUGCAAAAUAUCUCUCAGUCCAGUGUUCAAAACUGCCUUGGAGGAUCUCGUUGUAAUGAUGUGGUGCCCUUACCCAGGGGAAAUUCUGUUACCUGUGCCCAAGCAGAAGGCAGUGCUGAGACUCUGCCUGGAAUAAACAUUUACUCCAGAUUUUUGCAGUCCUUGCUUGGCUCACAUUUGUCAGGCCCCGGCACUGGCGGGAAUGUUGCAGCAUCAGCGCUAAAUGAAGACCCGGCCCAUGAGCCAUUGAAUGAAGUCCGGCAAUUGGUCAUUGGCUCUGACCAAGAUCAGAGAGUGAACAUCAUCACCUUGACUUCGUCUCCUCAGAGAACAGGUAAACUGGAAUCUUCCCCCUGCUUGGCAUCACAGAGCACACAAACACCAAAACAUAAAACACAUGGAGCUGCUUCAAACGUUCCGAAUACUGAAUGUGCUUUAGACAACAGUUCUUCCAUUGCAGAUGAUUCUGCUGUCAUCUCUGCUCAAGUAGGGCCUCCAUCUGAGCUGGAGGUAGUUAAAGCAGAAAAUGCUUCACCUAUCUUAAGGGUGAUGUCUCACCAAGAGGCAAAUGUUAGCAUGCGGCCCCAGAUGAAUGACGCUGAAGAGAACGCACGUCCGGCUGCAUCUGCUACGAAUGCGGUUGAUGCACCAUUGACAAUCACAACAGUGAAUGAUGAUUAUGAGGAUCCCUGGGAAAAUUCUCUUUUAUUAUUAGCCACAGCAUCUGCCUUUAUUCCAGAAGCUGAGUGUGAAUUUCCUGAAAAUAACAGUGACAGGGUUGUGUCUUCCCAUGAUUAUGAAACAUGCUUGGUGAGAAAACACAAAGAUAGGCCGAGUCCUGCAGGCAGUAUGUCAGCGGGCGUCGGCACACCAUCUUCAACCAACCCUAAUCAUGCCGCCAAUAGUGCAAGCAAUGCACUGCUCAAUGAAGUCUUAAGGCGGGAUGAAGAGCGUAAACCCAGGGCUGGCCACCUCUCUGUACAGAAAGGUCAGAUUCUCCUACACACUGCUGAUGGUGUCAUAACCACUAAUACUUUUCCUCCAUCAGAUGGUCAGCUGUCACCCUUCUCCAAUCUAGUUGCCGGUGCGCAGAAGUCCUCUAGCACUGAACACCCUUCAAGGCUGAGUGGUGAGCUGGUUGUUAAAGAUGGUAACAUUAUGUUACAAAUACCUUCAAAAGCUCACUCAUUAGAUAGGGGUCUGGGUAGCUUUCCCAAAAAGAAUAAAGAACACAACCCAAGUAUCUUAAGUAAGUGCAGCCAUACUGGGGGUGCCCAGAACAAUAGUUCUGAACCUAAAGCUUCCUCCACUUCUGCUCUCUCAACGAACAAUGAUUUAUGGAGAAUGAACACCCUGCAACAGUCUUCCAUUGACAAGUCUCCUUCAAACUCUCUUAACCCCCUAGAAAAUGCUAGUGCUGCACAUGCCGGUUCCUGCUCGAGUAUCGAUAGACAGAUGCCAGGUAGGCUAACGGGCGAGCUUAAUAUUAAAGACGGAUGUCUUGUGUUGGAACCCCCGAAGCACACACCUUCUUCACAGAUUCUUUCCCACCUGCAAGGAGCGUAUGCUGCUGUGAAAAGGAAUGAGAAUGACAAUAGUUGUGAUUCUGUUGAGCCGGUGGUCAACACUAAACGCAGCACAGGCACAGUUGUUAGCAGACCUGCUUUGCCAAAAUUCAACUCAGACAUUGUUCUACCCUUCAAGGUUGAUAAUAAUAAAUGAUGAAGGCAACAACUUACUGUCACUAUUAAACUUUUGAUAAGAUGAUACUUCAUUUAAAGGAUCAUGUGCAAAUUGUGAAUGCAAUUUUUUUUAAUAAUAAAAGUGGCUGUUGGAAAAAAAAAGAUACAAGUUUGUUUUCAUCAAAGGGUUCCAACAAAGUCAAUGGGUAAGUUCAAGAGUUCUCUGAAUGUCAGGGAUAAAAUGUCUUUUUAUAAUAUAUGCUUCUAGGAUUAAUCUAUUCAUAUAGGUUGCAGGUGACCCCAGAUAAAUGAUAGAGGUGAAUAAGUAUGUUGAUCUCGACUGUGACAAUCUGGUUGUUGAUAUCUAAAAACUGUAGAUUUGUUUGUAAAUUUAAAUAUCACUAUAAUUUUUAAAUAUAAUAUUAAUAUCCCAUUAUUCUUAUUGAACUUCCCAUUUAGCAUGACUUGCUAAUCCUAUUUUAAGCUGGAUUAGGAAAUUGUGUUAAGAUAUUUUUUCAUGAACCAAAGGCUUGCAACUCAGCCUACCUUAUUAGGUGAAGCAGCUCAUAGCCAAGUUACUGUCUUUUAUCUUGAAAUAAAGAUACAGGUGAGACUUAAAUUUUUACCUUACAAGAUGCUCAGGAACUACUUAAUGAAGAGCAAAUAUUUGUAUUUCCCUACACACACAAAAUCCGCUGUAGCUAAAUAGUUAAGCAGGACAUGAUGCACAACAGGGUUACCCAAACUUUUCUACACUCUGCACCCCCUACCGUUUGAAAAAACCUUGCACCCCUUAAAAAAGUGACAAGUUCUUUUAAAAUGAACGCAAUAUGGAUUUCUAAAAAAAUUUAUUGCAUUUGAAAGAGAAUUGUAGAAAUUGUCACUUAUUACAUAAUCUAAAACAUUUAAAAGUUACAAUUUUUUUUAAACUUUGUAUUAUGUCUUAUUGGUUCCUCUGUUCUUAUUAUCACACUUCCUUGCAUACCCCCAGAUAUCCACCACAGACCUUAUGUGGGUACAAGCACCUCAGGUUGGGAAGCCCUGUUGUACUUAGUAUAACUAAAACUUAGAAGUGUAUGAAUUACAAUAUACAUCUUAAUAAACUUUUAGUUAUACUAAGAACUUACAUGCCAAAUUAAGAUAAAAAAACAAGAUUCAUUUGUACAUGUAAAUCAUUUCUGAGAAUUUAAUGUAUGUUUUUAUACUCCAAAAUUGAUAGAGCAGAAAAGCUAAUUAAUAAGA